AUGUAAUAUUAAGAAUUCAAAAAAUUAAUAUCAUAAUAGAGAAUAAGAAUAAGUCAAGGAGAUUUCUUGUAGAAAUAUUAGAAAUUAAAUAGAUAAAUAGCUAUAUAUAAAAACAGAAUUUAUUAAGUAAAUAUGGAAGACCAACUAACACAACUUACAAUUAUAUAUCCAAUGAGAUGCAAAUUUUGUACAAAUCUAGAGAUUUGUACAAAAGGAUAUGAAAGUUAUUUAGUAGAAAUCACUUAUUAAAGAAUAAUUAGUCCUAAAAAACUAUAGGCUUUUCCUUUAUGA